AUGGGUUCUAUUGUUCUACCUCACCUUCGCAGUGCCUGGCACGUGGACCAGGCCAUUCUAUCGGAGGAGGAGCGCCUCGUGGUGAUCCGCUUUGGUCGUGAUCACGACCCGGACUGUAUUCGCCAAGAUGAACUGCUCUAUAAGAUUGCCGAACGUGUUAAGAACUUCGCGGUUAUCUACCUGUGCGACAUCGACGAAGUACCCGAUUUCAACCAGAUGUAUGAGCUCUACGAUACAAUGACAAUGAUGUUCUUUUAUCGCAAUAAACAUAUGAUGUGCGAUUUCGGAACGGGAAACAAUAACAAGUUGAAUUGGGUGCUGGAGGAUAAACAGGAACUGAUCGACAUCAUCGAGACCAUUUACAAGGGUGCGAAGAAGGGUCGCGGUCUCGUCGUCAGUCCCAAGGAUUACUCUACGAGAUACCGGUAUUAG